CGGUAGAUCAAGCAUCAGUCGCUUGCAGAUCUCAGUCUCAGCUAGAAAGUUCUUCAUCGCAUCACAAUGAAAGUCCUCGUUUGCUUAGUAGCAUUUAUCGCCGUUGCUUCUGCAGGAUUCAUCGGAGGUUAUGGUGGAGGAAUCGGGGGAUACGGUGGUGGAUUUGGAGGAUAUGGAGGCUAUGGCAGCUAUGGACAUGGCGGAUAUGGCGGAUACGGAGGCUAUGGAGGUGGUCUCGGCGGAUAUGGAGGACACGGCUACACUAAAGUUAUUAAGGUUAUAACUCCAUCAAUUGGAUACGGACUCGGUGGUGGAUACGGCGGCGGUUAUGGUGGUGGUUACGGCGGCGGUUACGGAUACGGUGGUGGAUAUGGCAAAGGAUGGUGGUAGAUAUCCACUCGUCUCAAUUCAAUUUAUUAUAAAUGAAAGAAGCUGUAAUGUAAGAUUUUAUUAAAAAAGUUAAAAAAGUAA